AUUCAAUUCAUGUUUUUAUAUGAUUCCUUGGGUAGAAAAUGUCCCAGAAUGUACUCAGUAAAUCCGCGAAAAUUGAAAACCAUCCAAGUACACCAAAAUGUUGGAUAAGAGAUGGAUAAUUUUACUCAUAAUCUCAUACAUGGUGACGGAUGAAGCUUUUGCUGACGGGAUCUCAACAAGAAUAUGCUCUGGAAAAGUAUGUAUUUCUGAAGAAUAUUCCAAAACAUUCCAUACUGAACUUCCUCCAGUAAUAGAAGUAGAAUUGCAUUUGAAUCAGAUAUUAUCGAUAGAUCUUCAGCGACGUACAAUAACCUUAAAUCUUCACACAGUAUUGAGUUGGGAGGACCCAUGGAUUGUAGCAGAUGGAAAGAACCUUCCUGUGUUUACACCCUUUAAAGAGGCAAAUCUGUGGGUACCAGAUACAUUAAUUCUUAACCUUAGAAGACGAAUUCGAUGGGACGAGGAACAAGGAAAGCUUACAACCAUGCAAGUGACCAAACUGCCUGGAGAUAAGAGUGCCAAGGUUAAAGAGGAAUAUGUUUCUGAGGUUGAGCUAGGUUGUGAUAUGGAUUUUCAUCUGUAUCCCUUCUACAACAUUAGAUGUGAUUUCAACAUGACAAUUCCAACCAAGAACGCCAGUGAGAUAAUGUUUAAGAGUCCUGUGAACGGGAUUAGAUUAGCGGACCACUUCAAAUUUCAGUUUGACAGUGAAUACGUGAUGGAUUUCCGACCUUUCGAGAAUGGACUUAUUGUUCCCUCUACAUGGAGCAGCAAUCAGAAGUAUAAUAUGAUGAGGACCCUGACAGGGUUUAGUCUUCACCUCAAAUAUAGGCCUAACGAGGCCAUUAUCAUUCUCUACCUACCAGCUUUCUUACUGGUUGUAAUAUCUUAUCUUUCUUUCUUCCUAACCUUGGAUCUAGUUCCUUCUAAAGUCAGUCAUUCUGUUGGGUUGCUGCUGACAACAGUAAACCAGUUCAACAGCUUUAAUCAGAACAGUCUAAAGGGGGGCAAAGGACCUACUGCUGCAGCAAUCUAUCUGUUGGCGUGCUUGAUAUUUUCUGGAGGCUGUUUAGCAAUAAAUGUUCUUAUAUUCAGGUAUAUGGGAGAUACGGAGAAGGUUAAAAAGUUGAACCUAUACGGAGGAAUUACUGCUAUCUCCUCAUUUUUACUCUUCAAUAUUAUUUAUUGGCCGUUUGUUCUCUCCCAAAUUUAAUAAAACAAUGAUGUGCUAAUAUUAAUGUAAUUGUAAUACUAAUUUUGCUGAAACAUAAUAAAAUCUAAUGUUUAGUUUUAA